GGUUAGCCGCCCGUUGAACCUCCCUUUGGGGGCUAGUCCUCUCUUAACCGAGUGCGUGCUACUGUUCACUCGGGCGCGGAGGGGAUGUGGCUGUCUCUCAGAUGGUGAGUGGCUGGGGUAUUAAGUAUCGUGAGACAUGCCCGUCGGGUGUCUGCGUCGUUGCUUCAGCUCGUUGGUUUGCCGUCCAGACUCUCUUUCUUGCUCCUCCUUCUCCUCUUCUCUUCUCUACGCUCUCUGUUGGUCUUCUUCUUCCGAUCCUGUGUCGCACUACUUUUCGUCCUCGAUCUGGACGCUUGUCGUUCCCCCCCUCCUAUCCCUCCGUUUCUCUCUCUCGUCCGAGACCGUGGUAGUCGCGCCCACCAACAAACCGGAGAGGAAGUAGUAGAAAGAAAGGAAAAAGAAAAGAAAAAUGGAGAAGAGCAGCCGUUCUCAGGGCUCGGCAUCCUCCAUCGAGGCUGACCUCCAAGACCAACAUCUCCAGUCCAAGCUGCGCACCAUCCGCAUGACCGACGCCGCCCGGGCAGGCACCACACUGCUGGCGCUCCUGACGGGCCUGACCAUCCUCGGCGUCUCGGCCAACACAUUGCGCGUCUACCAGGGCACGCACGUCUCGCGCGACUUCAUGCUGCCCCUCUGGCCGGACGAGUUCGACCUCCGUCCGACCUUGUCCCUCGUGGCCGGCAGCGCCGUCGUCGUCCUCGCCAACCUCGUCGCCCUCGGCUUCGGCCAAGUCGGCGCUCUCCGCGCCCCCCGAGCGGCAGCGGCAGCGGUAGCAACCCGCACGGCGACGGCCUUCCUGGCGCCCCUCGCCGGGCUGGCGGGCACCCUGGUCGCCGUCGCCUUCUUCUACGCCGUCAACGCCUCCGACGCCGCCGACACCUUCCUCUCGUGGACCUGCCGGUGGGAAGCGGUGCCCAUGUGGCGCGCCCCGCGCUGGGCGCCCCUGUGCCGGCAGGCCCGCGCCGCCCUCUACCUGGCCGUCCUGCUCAUCCCCGUCGAGCUGGCUGCCCUCGCGCUGGCCGCCUUCCAGCUCAAGGUCGAGCGCUACACGGAGCGGUACCUCGGCGCCAGGAAGACGCCUGUCCUGUCUUAAAAGAAGAGGAAAAGGGCGAAGUGACUGAAGGGAGGAGACAGCCGGAAAGAAGGGAGAGCCUGUGGUCCCGUGGUGGGCCUGUAGUAGCACUGGAUAUGAGAGGAAGAGUUUGUUUUGUUAUUUAUUUCUGGCUUUGUUUAUUUUAUUUCUCGUCCUAACUUAGGACGCUGUAUCCAUUGCAACCGUUG